CCCUUCUGUUACAUGUAUUGAUACAAAAUGAUGCAUCUCAAAGCAUAAUUUGACUGUUGUGGGUCAUCCUUCUCUGUAAAAACGUACACAAUAAAAUUUGAACGAUGAUGUUUAUGUUUCAAAAGAUGCAAUUAUUCAAAUAAUACUAACUCAAGAUGUUGUUAAACUGACAAAAGUAACAAGUUUAAUUGGUGAAGCUUUGGUUAAAUAAUAAUCGCAAAUGAAAAAUAUGAAGUUUCUGGUCAUAUGAGACAAUAUCAUGUAAUCGUUUACCUUCAGAUCAAGGAUUAACUGAUUAAUUUGAGGUAUGGGUAAUUCCGGCUCCAACCUAAUUCCAAAUUCUUCUAAUACAAAUCAACCCACUUACCGUUACACACGAAUUCAUGGGGAUUCACCAUCUUCUUCACCUUUGGCUCACCAAGCCAACCCUGUUUCAAAUGUCAACAACUCUGGUAGCAGUUGUUUCAAUACUCUCCACAGGGAAAAUAGAGAUAUUUGUAAUACAUUAGAUAGAGGAAAUCAUCAUAGACAUCAUUCUCAUCAUCAUCAUAAACAUUCUGAACAUCACUCAAGUCAUUUACCUCAAUCUGCUUCGGUUCCGUCUAAUGCCUUGGUUAUUUCUAAUUCAGCAUCUUGUGCGUCUUCAUCUUCAUCUUCAUCUAUCAUGGGCUCUGCAAUUUCCUGCUCCGAUUCUAGACUUUCCAAUGAUUGUGGAAGUAUUGUGGUGAAGAAAAGGAGAAAUCUGACCACAUUUGCUACAUUGCGAAAAAAAUUAGGAUGCAAGGCUAGGAGAACAUCUAAAAGCUUCGAUCACGCUCAAGUGAUUAAAGCUUUCAUCUCAACAUGGAGUAAUAGAGAUAUUGCUCAACUUGUUCAUGGAUAUGAAAUCACUAAUCUUCUCAAAGAUUUGCACAUUCAAGCUGAACUUGCACGUCCUUCAGCCUCGACAGUUGCUCAAGAUUUGACUGAUCUGUUUGAUUGUAAUUAUGUUGCUGAUGCUUAUUUAUUAUUCAAAGGUCAUACAUUUCCUGUACAUAAAGCCAUCGUUUGCGUUCGCUGUCCACUUUUUAGAGAAUUAAUGGGUAAAAUAAACGACUUUGGUACUCAAAUUCCAGUUAAUUUGGAUGUCCCAGGACUUCGACCUGACUUUUUUAUGGAUCUGUUGAGAUAUCUUUACUCCGGUGAAUUUUACACUUCAUAUUCAUCUACGAACUCUCUGCCAAUUUCGACUUAUGAUUCCAUUCUGGUCAAAUUAAGUGAUCAAGCUCCCAAUAGCUUAGAACAUGAUCUGAAACAUCUUCUUGAAACAGGUCUUUAUUCUGAUGCUAUAUUAGUGUUUUCUUCUCCUAAUAUUCAAUCAACUUCAAUUGCCAACGAAGUUGGUUCCUCGAAUACUCUAGGUUCGUCCUUUACUUCCUCUAGUUCAACUGGUAAUAAUAAUAAUCACCUUUAUGGAUAUGCUAACUUUGGAACAGUGAAAAAGUGUAAAAAUUGCUCUGAACAAACAGAAUUUUCAUGUCACUGUGCUAUACUUGCUUCUAGAUCAACUUUUUUCCGAAAUGUGAUAUCCCGACAUCAAAAGCGCUUCACAGAUGCACUUACCGAAGCUGGUGCUACUUCAAUCAAUCUAGCCAACCAAAAAAUUCGAAUCGUUAUCGAUGAAUCAAUUAUCCCUCGACGAUUCGCUCGCAUUCUUCUGAAUUGUAUUUAUCGGGAUUCAACUGACUUAAUCAAUCUUUUACCUGGCUGUGUUUGUCAAUGUACUCAAUCCAAUGAUCUCGGACAAUCAUCUCGACUCCACUCAUCUAAUCUGACAUCGAAAUCAUCUGCAUCUUAUAUCAAAGAGUUAAUGGAGCUUUAUGAAAUUGGUCGAUUUUUAGAACUAGACUCUUUAAUUCAAGCAUGCGAAGAUUUGCUUGUUGAUUCAUUAUCAGUUUAUAAUUUAAUUUCGAUUCUGAAAUGGAGUGGACAGCCUCAUGGAUCUGAUUGGGUUAAACGCCAAGCCCUUUGCUUUAUUCGUGAAGAAUUUUCUUUAAUAAUUUCUUCUCCAGUCCUUUGUCAAUUGGAGAUUGAACAUUUAAAAGAAAUCAUUUCAUCUGAUUAUUUACAAGCUAGUGAACUAGAAGUGCUACAAGCUGUGAUCAAAUGGGGCGAGGAUAAGUUAAUUAAAAGAAUGGAAGAACGAGAGCCAAAUGUGAUAAGUCAAACUGGACACAGUUUGCGCCAUGGUCUUCGGAAGAAAGAGCUUAAUGAUGAAGAACUUCGAGAUAUAAUCGCUGAAUUGAUGCCUUACGUUCGUAUUGGUCAUAUAUUGCCCUUGGAUAGCGAAACUUUGACUAACGCAAUCAAAAGAGGACUUAUAAGUACACUGCCACCUUAUAUGUUAGAAGAGGAUAGUAUCGCUCCUCAUCCUCGUGGUGUUCCGUGUUGGAUUCACGAGAGAAGCCAAGGGUCUUUCAUACGACCCCGAUACUUCACUCCUUAUGUUGAAGAAGCUCGAAACUACCUUGAAUCACGACUUGCUCGGAUAAACGAUCCCAAUGGAAUCAAUAUGCGUGCCCCUUUGCCAAAAACGUCCAAUUCUUCAUCAUCUACUCCUGUCCCUGAUGCUCUGUAUAUGACUGCUUCUGGAGAAACUGAAGCUGCAUCGAUUUCUAUCACAAAUAACUUGGAUCAAUUCGCAACCUAUUCUAAUCCAUCUAAUUAUCAAGAAAUUUAUUCACGUCUCAAUCAAUUACCUGUGAUUGAAGAAAGAAUUCUCCUGUUGAUGAAACAACGUGUUGAAGAGCUUGAUCGGUACCUAUCAAGCUCUCGUAAUUUGAGUAUUAUACCCAAUAAAAGUUCAAUAAUUAAUUAUAUCCAAUUGAGAGUUGUCCGUGAAUUUGGUCUUCCUGAUGCUGCUGUUGAGGUUCUUGAUUCUUCCAUUGCUUCUUAUGUAUCUUACUCAACUUCUGAUGCUUCAGCUUCCUCUACAACUUCAGGAAAUAUGGCCUCAACAGCUUAUAACGAACUAAAAAAGACAAGUCUUCCUCCACUCCAACCGAAUCAAAAUUUUAUCUAUGAAGGUACUUCAUGUGUUUUAGGGUCUGAUAAGGAUGUCUAUGGUUAUUCCCAAGAUGUUACGUAUGAAACCUCGUCAGAUUAUUACACACCUUUAAGUGAAUCAUAUUUAAGCAAUUACAGUUUAAAUUCAGAGCAUCUUGUUUCAUCAGUUAACCAGUUAAGUGAUAUUACUCCUGAUAUAGCGAUGACAACGAAUGCUUUUGCUGAUCUCCAUCUGAUGCGAAAAUCAACUGAAUCUUUAUCUCAUCAGCCUAAUAUUCCUCCAAGGCGAACAAGGUCAAAUCGAGAUUGGAGAUCGGAAUCAAAAUCAUAAAGAUUCUUUAUUAAAGAAAGAAGAUUGAAAAAUGCGUGGAUUGAUAUCUGAAUUAUAAGAACUCUCGGCCAUGAUAAAUAGAUCAACAUCAAUUUUCUUAGACUUGAUGAAUAUCAUUUGCCCGGACAAACCAUUCAUUUGAGCUUUUAUUGGACUUCUUAUUUGAAAGAGUUAUUCCAGAAAUAAUCAGAGAUUAUGGCGUUCCAAGACUCAGCUUAUCUCAGCUUCCAUUUGCUUUCAAUAAGAGUUGUUUCAAGGACUUCGAGCUGUCUCUUUGAAUCAAAACAUGGUAAUCCUCUGGACAUUUAUUUUUACGGCUAAUAUUUUUUAGGCCUUAAUAUAGAUGACUUAGUCUACUCUUGGACACCGAGGUGAUAAUUUCAUGCUCAGAUGCUGUCAACAAAUAUGGUAUUUGAUGAAGUCACAAAUUAGUGUUACUUUUGUGAUCGAAUCGAGCGUAAAUUACUCAAGUAUCAGGUUGAUUUUGUCUAUGCUGCUACUCCCUCAAGCUACGUCAUCAGUACUGAAAAGAAAGGCGCAAGAGGCUACUUUGUAAUUUUUUUCGUGGUUGAGCACUGAUCUCUCCACGUCUCGAGCCAAACCUAACAUGACACUGUAUCUAACUUUGCUAUUUGCUUGGAUACUAGAUUUUAAAACUUUGUAUCUGUAUUAAAUGAUUAAAAGACGAUCAAAGAUGAACUAUA